UGUGUGUGUAGGUUGGUACACUGUGUUGUGUAAUAUUGCGAAUGUGGUGAUGAAAAUAGUAAUACCUGUGCUCAGUUGUCGCGAUAAAGUAGUUGAAAUUUCAAUUUGAGGUGGUGAACUGAUUUUGUAUUGCAAAAAUAAUUACAAGAAUUAACAGUAACCGUGUAAAGGGAAGUAUUAAUCAUGCCUGAGAAUGAAUACAGUGCAGGUGGAAAUGCAGGUGACAGCAGAGAAGAGCCUGGUGACAGAUCCCAACGACUUACAAAUGACGAUUUUAGGAGGUUAUUAAUGACACCUAGGUCUUCAGUUCCAUCGUCACUGCCGUCAUCAUUAGCCCCAACUAGAGAUACCGUCACUGUUCCUCCAGAUGCAGAAGGUGAUGACAGAGCUGAGAGACGACGUAAGAAAAAAAGUUUUUAUGCCAAACUUAAGAAGCAGGAAGAUGAUAAAAUGGCAGAACUUGCAAAGAAGUACCGUGAUCGAGCAGGUGAGAGGCGAGAUGGGGCUAACCCAGACUAUCAAGCAGAAGAUCCUCUUUCGACAGCAAGUGGUUACCGUGCUGUGGCUCCAGAUCUGAAAUCUGGUAUGGAUGCAGCAGAAAGACGUCGUCAGAUGAUUCAAGAAUCAAAGUUCUUGGGAGGUGACAUGGAGCAUACUCAUUUAGUGAAAGGGCUGGACUAUGCUUUACUGCAGAAGGUUCGCAGUGAAAUCCAAGCAAAAGAGCAAGAACAGGAGGAAGAAAUGGAAAAGCUUGUAAAAACAAAAAAAGAAAAAAAAGAUGAUGAAGAGGAAAUGAAUUUCAAAACAAAAUUGGGACGGAAUGUCUACAGAGCACUUUUCAAGUCCAGGGCUUCUGAGAAAAAUGAGCUGUUUGCACCAGGUAGAAUGGCUUAUGUGAUAGAUCUUGAGGAUGAACUGGCUGAGAGUGAUAUCCCAACAACUCUGAUUAGGAGUCGUUCUGAUGUACCAAGUCUUGAGGCUACUGCUACCCUUACUACAAAUGAUAUAGUUAUCAACAAGUUGGCUCAAAUUCUGUCAUAUCUACGACAAGGAGGUCGCCACAGUAAGAAAUCAAGGAAGAAGGAUAAAGGUCGGGCAGGUGGCGAUAUUAAGGGUGGGAGUAAAGGUUUGGUGGAUGAAAGCAUAUAUGGUGAGAUUGGAGAUUAUGUUCCUGCAGUGUCCAGAAGGGAUGGUGGCAAUGAUGGGGACAAAGAACAAGAGAAACGACGGGCCCCAUACUUUGAGAAACCAUCAGAGGAAACAGCUGCUUGGGGUGCUUCUGGAGGGAAACCCAAAACAGAACCACGUGUUACUAGUAAACUGGAACCAGUAGACAAAAUUUCAGCAAUACCAAAGAGAGAAAUGGGACAGAACCAAAGUCGUGCUCAGCAGUUGUUGACGAGACUGGCUGCAGAACCAGAGGGAUAUGCUGAAUGUUAUCCAGGUCUGGAAGAAAUGCAGGAUGCUAUUGACGAUUCCGAUGAUGAAGUAGAUUAUACCAAAAUGGACCUUGGAAACAAGAAGGGGCCAAUAGGAAGAUGGGACUUUGACACUCAAGAAGAAUAUAGUGAUUACAUGAAUAACAAAGAGGCCUUACCUAAGGCUGCUUUUCAGUAUGGGGUCAAAAUGGCAGAUGGGCGACGUACAAGGAAAUAUCACAAAGAGAAGAAUGAGAAGGCAGAACUUGAUAGAGAAUGGCAGAAGAUUCAAAAUAUCAUUCAGAAACGCAAGAUUCCAGCACCAGCAGAGUCAGAAUUCAAGAAGCCUAAAUAUUAAAAGAAAUAUAUUAUUGCAGUAUGGUUCAGAAGAAGAUUUGACUGCAAGUUUUCUUUGUCAAUUAAAAGAAAUAUUAUUUACUUUCUAUUUUAGAUACAUUGUAUAAGUUACUUGUUCAUCAUGUAUCUUACUAAUAUCUAUAAUCUGUGUUACAUGAUUUAAACAUGAUCUAGCUGACCAUGUGUGACACUAGCGUACUGCUAAAUCCCAGAGUUAACGUCUGGCUGGCAGUCCAGUAGUAUGAGGACUUAAACUUCCUAUUCCUGUACAAUAAAUAUUAAAGAUAUUUCUGAUUUUAUAUUAUUUCAUGUAAUCAUUAAAGUUGUAUGAAGUAAAUAACAGUGCACAGUUUUUAUCAGCAGAAUAAAAAAUGUAGUUUAAAUUGGAUAUUGAAAAAUAAUUUUACUAGCAUUAGCAAAUAUACAGAAGAUAGAUGUUUCAUUAUUUACGAUAAAAGGUAUUACUAGGGCAACAUGUUUCAACCCCAUUGGUUCAUCUCCAUGCCCUUAUAGAUACAUGCAUAUAAUCUGAGGCAAAAUCACACGUAAUUUGAGUGUGUUUGGAAUUUAUAUUAAAAUAUAUGAUUAUUUUCUAAAGAUUCUCUAUAUUUGCUAAUAAUAAUCGCAGUAGAAUGCAUAAAAUGGAUAAGGCAUCGUGCAGAAAUUAACAAUAAUUUGAAGUAAUUUAACUUUGGUAUCUGAAGGUAGCACUCCUAUAAUAGCAUCAAUUGAUAUAAUGUAUCAGUUCUCAAAGAGGAAAAAUUCAGGAAUAAAAAUGCAGUCUUCAUGGGUGCAAACAUGUUUCAACAGCAA